GGUCGGAAGGAAGCCGAGGGGCAGCGGCUGAGGCCAGGGGUGCGGGCCCUGCCCUGCCCUGCCCGGGGGUUUGAGGGGCGGUGGCAGAGGCAGCAGCAGGGUCAGAAGCAGCAGAGGCAGCGGCAUUAGAAGCAGAGGCAGCAGAGUUAGAAGAAGCAGCAGAGGCAGAAGCAUCAGCAGCGGCAGAGGUAGAAAAAGCAGAAGCAGCAGUAGCAGAGGCAGCAGGAGCAUCAUCAUCAUUAUCAGCAGCAGCAGAGGCAGGAGCAGCAGCGACAGGAGCAGCAGCAGCAGAGGGAGAAGCAUCAUCCUCAUCCUUAUCAUCAGAAUGUCGGCUUCGGGUGUCGGUCCCUGUGGCCCGGGCGCCGCGGGCGGCUCGACGUCGGUUGGCGGAGUGUCCAUGUUCCGCUGGCUGGAGGUGCUGGAGAAGGAGUUCGACAAGGCCUUCGUAGACGUGGACCUGCUGCUGGGCGAGAUCGACCCCGACCAGGCCGACAUCACGUACGAGGGGCGGCAGAAGAUGACCAGCCUCAGCUCCUGUUUCGCCCAGCUCUGCCACAAGGCGCAGACCGUCUCCCAGAUCAACCACAAGCUGGAGGCACAGUUAGUUGAUCUGAAAUCUGAACUGACAGAAACACAGGCAGAGAAGGCGGUAUUGGAAAAGGAAGUGCAUGAUCAGCUUCUGCAACUCCAUGCUGUUCAACUUCAGCUACAUGCCAAAACGGGUCAGAAUGUUGAUUCUGGGGCUAUUAAGGCAAAACUGUCUGUCCUUUCUGUGGAUGAAAUGGAGAGAGAACUUGAAGCUAACAAGAAAGAAAAAGUGAAAGAAGCUCAGCUGGAAGCUGAGGUGAAGUUGCUGAGGAAAGAAAACGAAGCUCUUCGUCGACACAUAGCUGUGCUUCAGGCUGAAGUUUAUGGAGCAAGAUUGGCAGCCAAGUAUUUAGAUAAGGAACUAGCUGGAAGGGUCCAGCAAAUUCAGUUGCUGGGCCGAGAUAUGAAGGGACCGGCUCAUGACAAGCUCUGGAACCAGCUUGAAGCAGAAAUACACCUUCACCGUCACAAAACUGUUAUUAGAGCUUGUCGAGGUCGAAAUGAUCUAAAACGACCGAUGCAAGCACCACCGGGACAUGAUCCUGAUGCCUUAAAGAAGAGUCAAGGUGUUGGUCCAAUCAGAAAAGUUUUGCUAGUUAAAGAAGACCAUGAAGGACUAGGAAUCUCAAUCACAGGUGGGAAGGAGCAUGGUGUUCCAAUACUGAUCUCUGAAAUCCAUCCUGGACAACCUGCUGAUCGAUGUGGAGGAUUACAUGUUGGUGAUGCUAUUCUGGCAGUAAAUGGAGUUAAUCUAAGAGAUGCCAAACAUAAAGAAGCUGUAACUAUUCUUUCCCAGCAGAGAGGCGAGAUUGAGUUUGAAGUUGUGUAUGUUGCUCCAGAAGUUGAUUCAGAUGAUGAAAAUGUAGAAUAUGAGGACGAGAGUGGACACCGUUAUCGUUUAUACCUUGAUGAAUUGGAAGAAGGUGCAAAUUCAAAUUCUAAUAGGAAAGAUGCAAAUUUGGAUGUCAAACCCUCACAAGUGUUUGAUAAGAAACCCAGUAUUGAUGCACAUGAAAAUGGAGACCUGGGGAAUUCAGUUGCAACUCCGUUAGAAGACACUGCACCCAAAUUAGCCCGUUCUGCUGAGUCUUUAUCCUAAAAACAAACAAACAAAAAUCAACCGGACAGAUCCUGUCUUCGGGAACAAUUGAUAAUCAUUAUUGACCGCUCCAAGUUGCAUAUACUAGUAUAGGCUGUAAAAGGAUGAUUAAAUGUCAAAGGGAACUGUAUUACUGUUGCCUGGAAAAAAGGCGGUUACCUCAGGGCUUCAUUGUGAGCGACUCUAAAUGUGGAAAACUGUCUUUUGCGUGACACAAGGUAGUUAUCUAACACACACAGCAUAUGAAAUGAAUUUUCUUUUAAUAAUAAGCACCAAAGCACGGUAUUUCUGAAAAGGAUAACCUCAAUACAUUCAACUUUUAAUCUCAUUGCUGUCCCCAGGAAAGCAGAAUAGGAUAUGGCCAGCUUCAUUUCGACCCUUUGAUGUUUUUAAUGGGACAACUGAUGUUCAGUUUGGUGUGAAACAAGCUUUAACUCUGGAAGAAUGGGGGUGAGAGGGAUUGUACCAUUGCAUCCAUGAGUUUGGUACUUAGGAUUUUUGAACGGUAACUUUUAAAAGCAAUUUUUUUUUCUCAGAAUGGCAAACCCCGUAGCAUUUAUUUGAGUAAAGACCAUAGAAACGCAAAUGAGACAGUGAAGUUCUUUCUAAUUGUGAUCCUUCAGACCAUGAUCAUUUUAUGAGUGAGAUCUUUAGCACUGUUAUUAUAAUGAACUUGUUGACAAAUGUUCCAUUUGAAACUUGCUCCAAAAGUUUUUAAACAUGAGUAUUGUUGGGUUUUAAAAGCAAAAUUAAUUUAAAUAAUACUCACAAUUAUGUGGGCCCUUUGGUAUUUUCUUCUGAGCAUUGUCAAUUUAGCAUUCAUUCUUGAAUGGAUAUGGUUGCUGCUAAUAAGGAGUGGUUUGAGUUGGUCAUCAUUAGCUUGAAUUUAUGAAAUGCUAAGUGCUUUUGUUGGGUACUGAACAUAUUCAUUUCACGUUAAAAUAAUCAUUAGGAAGUGAAAGUUGAGUGUGCAGUACUUUACAGGAGGUGCUCAGAAUCAUAUGGUGUCUGGCCCUUUCUGUGUUAUGUUAUGGCAGUCGUAUUAACCUACAAUUGUCUUAAUGUUGAAACAAAAAUGUUACUCCUUUUUGUAAGAGCAAUGUAUCUUAAAAAAGCUUGUAAUUGAUGUGCAUCUAAAGGCCCACAGCAUGGCUGCAAAUGGGAAUGUUGAGGAUGGUUUCUUGGCCAGUUUCUCAUACUCCAUUUGUAGAUCUUUUGGUGAUGUGCAGCAGUCUCCACAUACAAGCUCUACAUUGUAAUCACAUUUAUUAUUUCAGCAUGCAGUGCAGCUUUCCUGUUCACUGCUGUGCAGAAGAUAAGAUUUUAAAUGUUGAGAGAGGAACUGAUGUGAAAAGACGACUUUGCAAGUGUUACUGUGUGGGAUGUACAUACAUAAGAAAAAAACCUCAAAGGCCUUUAGACUAACAUCAACUAAUCUUAUGUUCUAAAUGGUGACGUAGAACACAGUUACUUGUCUCUCCUAGGAGCACUAUAUAUAUGUUUAUAGAAAAAGCAUAAAAAUGUAUAUACUUUAUUCAAAGAUUUUGCUAUUUAUAAAUCCCUUAACUUUGCUAUUUACAUGAUCGUUUUGUGUGCGUGCGCGCAUGAGUUCCACUUACUGAGUGGAAUGACAGUAUUUGGUUAAUUUUUUAUAAUAGUCCUUGUCAUACAGCUUACUGUUGAAGGUUUUUAAAAUAGUUAAAGCUGUACAGUUUUCACCAAACAGAAAUUAGUGUUUAAAAAUAAAGCUGUGUGAAGAAGAAACAGGUCCCCAGGCAAGUUUCUUUUUCUGAAUCUUCUGAAACUUGAAGACGCAUUGGCUGUAUGUUGGCAGAUAAAUCCACUGCCGUAACUUUGUAUCCAGUUUCAUGUUUUUCCCACAGUUACUCAAGCAGAGUCCACUCUGAAAUUGC